AUGGCAAUAAUGAGAUCCCCAAGUAAUUUACAAUACGAACUGUCCAGAUAUCAGACCACUUCAAACCACGACACCACUUACGACUAUAUUAAUGAACCUAUCGGCAAAGUCUUUACUGACAAAAAAUUCACCGAUCCAUUGCAUGAUCUUCUAAUCAAGAACCAGGAGUCAUUGUCACGCAUUAAAAUCGGCCUUCCACAAGCUACGUUGGACAAUUUCGGCCAAUUGAGCAUUAAAAGUAAAAACAGCUUUCCAAUUUUCGAAGAUGAGCAAAAACAUCGUAGUGGAGAUGCUCCAGCACCAAGAGCCCGGGAAGGGAAAUCACACGGGCUCACAAAACAGCAUGAAGAUAAGCUAGCUUGUCACGCCAACAAUAUUCUUCGUAUGGCUAUUGACUCAACAAUGAUGAGUUCGAUGAAUUCAAUCACUUUGCAAAAUAUCAACAGCGACUCGUUUGACGAGAAUGCGGAUCUGAAAGACAAUGGCAUCAUAUCAAAAAUCGAAAUCAAUGAGGAUGAAAUCCGGGCUGCUAUAAAUGGAUGA